GCUUUUUACUCGAACAUGGGUAUAAGCCGUGAUAGUGCACACAAGCGUCGCGCGACUGGUGGCAAGCGCAAGUCGCUGCGCAAGAAGCGCAAGUUUGAGUUGGGUCGUCCCGCUGCCAACACCAAGCUCGGAACAGGCCGCGUCCAUAAAGUGCGCACUCGUGGUGGCAACACUAAAUUGCGUGCUCUGCGUCUGGAAACCGGUAAUUUCGCUUGGGCUUCCGAAGGCGUUGCACGCAAGACCCGUAUUGCCGAUGUCGUCUACAAUGCGUCCAACAACGAGCUGGUGCGUACCAAGACUUUGGUAAAGAACAGCAUUGUGGUCAUUGAUGCUACGCCAUUCCGUCAAUGGUACGAGUCACACUACGUGCUACCUUUGGGUCGCAAGCGCAAUCCCAAGCACGCGCAAAAAGAGGAUGAGAACGAUGUGCUCACCAAGAAGCGCAGCGACAAGGUUAUGAAGAAGUACUUGGAACGCCAAAAGUACGGCAAAGUUGAACAAGCUUUGGAAGAUCAGUUCACAUCCGGACGUAUCUUAGCUUGCAUUUCAUCCCGCCCUGGACAAUGUGGACGUUCGGACGGCUAUCUUCUGGAAGGCAAAGAGUUGGAAUUCUACCUUAAGAAAAUCAAGUCUAAAAAAUAGAUAGGCAUGCAGAGCAGAUGAUUUGCAGAUAAAAA